AUGCAUCGGCCAACAUUUCGCCCCGUCCAGAUGGCCGUCAGGAGUGCUCAAACCAGGGCCAUGUCCGGUUCUGCAACGGCCCCUCGCCAUUUGAUGUCAAUCAGCGACCUAACUCCAUCCGAGUUCACCUCCUUGGUCCGCAAUGCUUCCAAUCACAAGGCAGCUGUUAAAGACGCCUGGUCUGCCGAUGGUACGCCCCAGUCUCUGAGUGGGACGUUGACGGGCAAAACAGUGGCCAUGAUGUUUAGCAAGCGUAGCACUAGGACACGCGUGUCUACCGAGGCUGCAGUGGCUUUGAUGGGGGGCCAUCCCAUGUUCCUUGGCAAGGAUGACAUCCAGUUGGGCGUGAAUGAGUCCCUCCACGACACCUCCGUCGUAAUCUCAUCCAUGACCUCGUGUAUGGUGGCUCGAGUUGGCCCUCACUCCGAUGUCGCAAACCUGGCGAAACAUUCGUCAGUCCCCGUCAUCAACGCCUUAUCUGACGACUUCCACCCCUUGCAGACCAUUGCCGACUUCUUGACCAUCCACGAGGCAUUCCCAGAAAGGGUGCCUACGGAGUCAAGUCUCGGCCUUGAGGGGCUGAAGAUCGCAUGGAUAGGCGACUCGAACAACGUCCUCUUCGAUCUUGCCACGGCAUGUGUCAAGAUGGGUAUUCAUAUCUCUGUUGCCUCCCCAGUUGGCUACGGCAUUCCCGAUGCCAUGAAACAGGUCAUAGUCUCUGCGGGAGACGGCGUGGCGUCGCCAGGAAAGCUCACCGAGACAACCAUUCCCGAAGAAGCUGUCAGGGACUCGGAUAUCUUGGUCACCGACACCUGGAUUUCCAUGGGCCAAGAGGUAGAUGCGCAGAAACGGCUCAACGCGUUCUCCGGGUUUCAGAUUACAAAUGAGCUUGCAGAGCGGGGCGGUGCCAAACCCGACUGGAAGUUCAUGCACUGCUUGCCUCGCCACCCAGAAGAGGUCGCAGAUGAGGUCUUCUACAGCCCGCGAUCUCUCGUCUUUCCGGAAGCAGAGAAUCGCCUGUGGGCAGCUGUUGCUGCGCUAGAAGGAUUCGUCGUCAACAAAGGAAAUCUGCUAUAA